AUGUCAUGGUCGUGUGAUCCACAUUUUGUAUCGACAGUAAUACAGGAGUACGCUGGAGCUGAACCUACUCCAUCAGAUAUUAUGAAGAUGGCUAAUACCACUUAUGACUUUAUUAUAGUGGGAGCAGGAACAGCAGGUGCCGUUGUUGCUAAUCGGCUAUCAGAGGAAUCAAAUUGGUCAAUACUUUUACUUGAAGCAGGUGGUAACCCAACUUUAGGAACAGAAAUACCAUCUCUUUACAUGAACAACUAUGGAACUGAUGUAGACUGGAAUUUUCGAACUGACUCACAAGAAAACGCUUGCCUAAACUAUAAGGAUCAAAAAUGUUACUGGCCUAGAGGCAAAGUAUUAGGAGGUACUAGCAGUAUCAACGGAAUGUUUUAUGUGAGAGGUAAUAAACAAGAUUAUGAUGAUUGGUCUUCUAUUAGUCCCGACUGGGGUUAUGAUUCAGUUCUUGAAUAUUUUAAAAAAAGUGAAAAGUUAGAAUUAAAGGACAGAUAUAAAAAUGAUAUCGAUAUGAAAUAUCAUGGCACUGAUGGCUAUCUUAAUGUUGAAUAUGACUCAAAUAUUCAUCCCAUAGAGCAGAUUUUGAUAAAUGCUAAUACAGAAUUAGGGAGUAAUAUUUUAGAUGAUAUUAACGGAGAUGCUCAAAUAGGUGUUGGUAAAGCAUUUACAAUAGUGAAAAAUGGUCAAAGACAAAGCACAAGUAGCGCAUUCUUAAAACCUAUAAAAGAUCGACAUAAUUUACAUGUUUUAACAAAUGUAUACGUGGACAAAAUUGUAUUCGAAAAUUUUACAGCUAAAGGCGUUAAAGUAAUAUUGAAGAAUAAACUCAGUGCUACAUUUACUGCAGACAAAGAAAUUAUUUUGUCCGCCGGAACAAUAAACUCUCCUGUUAUUCUACUAAAAUCUGGGUUAGGCCCUAACGGUAAUAAUAAUAUUGAUAAGGAACAAAUAAAAUUUGGGUUACCGAUUGGCGAAAAUCUUCAAGACCAUAUUUAUGCACCAAUUUUCUACAAAGUAAGAAGUGUUGAAGAGUCUAAUUCUCUUGAAAACAUUUUUAAAGUUUAUUACCAAUACAUUACAGAACAAAAGGGGCCUCUUAGUAGCUUAAGCCCGCAUAUGGUUAUCUCCUUUAUUAAUACUACAUACUCUAAAUCAGUGACACCUGAUAUACAGAAUCAUUUUAUAGUAGCAUACCCAAAUCAAUCUAAUUUUGUAGAUAUUUUUGGCAAACAUCAUCUUUCCAGACAAUUUUAUAACUCUUUCGUUGAACUUAAUAAAGAAAACCUUAUAAUUAUGGUGUUUGUGGCUCUUUUAAGACCGAAAUCAAAAGGUGUCAUCGAAUUAAAUACAUCUAAUAAUAUGGCUAGAAUAAAAGCAAAUUAUUUAAUCAACUCUGAUGACUUAGAUACACUUAUCCGUGGUAUGAAACACGCAAUAAAGUUGGAAAAAACAGACGCUUUUAAAAAGGCUGGUUUGAAACUUCACUGGUUUGAAAUAGAUGCUUGCACUAAUCUCGAUAAAAAAUCAGAUGAUUUUUUGAAAUGUAUUGCAAUGCAUUUGACCGGGACGUUAUAUCAUGCAGUCGGUACAAAUAAGAUGGGGCUAAAAGACGAUUCCAGUUCCGUAGUAGACGAACGUUUAAAAGUUAAAUUUGUACGUAAUCUAAGAGUAAUAGAUGCAAGUAUAAUGCCUGAUAUUGUAAGAGGUAAUACAAUGGCACCUGUCAUAAUGAUAGCCGAAAAAGGAUCAGAUUAUAUAAAAAAUGACUGGAGGAAAAAAUAG